AACACAUUAUUAGCCGAACAAUAAAACGCUCCAAUGACGGAUGGUCUUCCAAUUAUGGUGAUAUAAUGCCGCAAAUGGUUCCAGUACCCAGAGAAUCAGAAGGGACGAGAAACUUGCUUUGCUCUUAUAACCGGACGGAAAGAGACCGAGGGGAGGCAGGGGACAGCGGCAGGGGCAAAAUUUCCGUCAAUGAGGUGAGGUUGGUACCUGUGUCCUCGAAAAGAUGCGACGGGCACGCGGCGAAUUCUACUCCCAGGAAGAGGGGAUGGCAAAGGGUAUUAAUGGGAUUACGACAAUAAAGCACGGGCUGCGAUGGACCGAGGUAAGUCAGGAUCGAUAUAGCGAUUUAGGAGCACAUAUCUAUAUAUAUGAGAUAAAUAUUCAUCCCUGAAAACCACUGUACCUCCAGUGGGCAAAUCUAAGGGAGUCGAUCUGUCUAUCUGCUCCUCACACCCAUACGCCAAAAUGAAGAGCUUUUUUCUCUCAGCACUCACAUCCCUCGCUGCUAUCCCUUUCCUGCAGACAUCCGCAUUCCCAAAUGCUCCCUUCGUUACUUCGCAACGAUGGAUUCACGACUCCACUGGCGAGAACUUCACGUAUGCGGGAGUUAAUUGGCCUGGCGCCGGUGAGGUCAUGAUUCCCGAGGGACUUCAAUACCAAUCCAUCGCAAGCAUCGUGUCGAAGAUCAAAAGUUUGAAGAUGAAUGUCGUCAGACUAACCUUCGCGAUCGAGAUGAUCGACGAUAUCAAGGACAACGGCGGAGAUGUGACUGUGCAACGUGCGUUUGUGAAAGCGCUGGGCAGCACGAAUGGCGAAAAAGUGUUUCAACAGGUUAUCAAGAACAAUCCGACAAUUAGCACAAGCACCACGAGACUGCAGGUCUUCGAUGCGAUUGCGGCAGAGCUUCAAAAACAGCAGAUCUAUGUCCAUCUAGACAAUCACAUGUCCAAGGGUGCGUGGUGCUGCUCGGGUAAUGAUGGCAAUGCGUGGUUUGGAGAUCGGUAUUUCGACACUGCUAAGUGGAAGAGGGGCGUUGCAUUUAUGGCUGAACAUGGAAAAGCUUGGCCCAACCUAAUCUCCAUCGGCCUGCGCAAUGAAUACCGAAAGCCCGAUAGUGCGGGUUCAUCGCUUCCUUAUAACUGGGCAACGUGGUACACCCAUAACAUGGAGCUUGCUACCGCCGUAAACGCCGCCAACCCAGCGCUUCUCAUAUUUCUCUCCGGCCUCGACUACGAUACAAAGCUCACCCCAAUUCCUGGCGCCCAAGACCUAGGCAACGGCCAGAGGUUCCGCUUGACCGACUUCCGCUAUGCGAACAAGCUUGUCCUGGAGCUACACAACUACCAGAAUGACGCUGGCAGCUGCGGAGAUAUAGAAGGUGGACUUUGGGACAACGGAUUCAGGGCAACAUAUAACACCAACGACAUCGUAAACAAGAUGCCAGUGGUUCUGACAGAGUUCGGGUUCUCCCAGACAGGAAGUGAACAUACUAGGCCGUAUGCUACAUGUAUCCGGACUUUAAUGCAGAAGUGGCAGACUGGCUGGACAGUGUGGGUUUUGAGCGGAAGUUACUAUAUCAGGAGUGGUACACAGGAUUACGAAGAGAGCUGGGGUCUUUUGAACCACCAGUGGACGGACUGGAGAAGUGCGGGGGCCAUCGAUGCGCUGAAGGGAAUGGUUGAAGUGAGUCUGAAGGGGUAGAUGGGCAAUUUCAAGGCUCCAAGGGGCUUUCCAUUGAAUUCAUCUACGUAAGACGAACAUCCUUUGAUCAAUGGCUCUAUCUAGUUUACCCUCGCAACGCGAGUGAAUCGAGUGACAUGACAUUUAGUCUGUGGGCCCUGCUGCAAAACAAACGGGCAGACAGAUCUCUUCCACCGCUAUUCUACGACGACCAACUUAAGCCCGCUGCAAGUAC